UGGAGAGAGCUCCAUGAUAUGACUCUUCUGGUCACGCUCCAUUUUGUCACUCACUUUGCCCUGGGGAGGUGGAGUGACUUAACUGACUGGUAAAUGGAAAAAAAUAACUGGGCAUGUCUUGCUUGGCUUGGCUCUUCUUCCUUGGGGGUGUGAGCUGUCCACAGGAAGAGUAUGUUCUCUGGCAGGUUUCUCCUGGUCUACUGUUGCCUGUAUCUAGAAAGAGAGAAAAGUACGAUAUUUCACUUGGAUGGCAAUAUUGAAGAAGAGAAGACAAAACACACAUGAAGGCUUGCUGAGUACCAGAUAUAUGCUGAAUGCUUAGCAUACAUCAUCUCAUUUAAUCAUGGUCACAACAGGCCCUGACGAUGAUAGCUCUGUCUGAGGUGACACUGAACCCAGGUGAUCCUCUACCACCAAAGUAGGUGCCUGUGUUUGUUAGACAAAUACAGUCAGACCCGCCACCCCUUUAGUUCCAAAGUCCAGAGGUGCUGAGAGCCAGGUCCAAGACAUGUGCUGCUCACCAGGGAUGAACAAAUUGCCAACCAUGUGGUGCAUUGCCCUGUUUUCCCUUUUGGCAUGGGUUUAUGCUGAGCCUACUAUGUAUGGGGAGAUCCUGUCCCCUAACUAUCCUCAGGCAUACCCCAAUGAGGUAGAGAAAUCUUGGGAUAUAGAAGUUCCUGAAGGGUACGGGAUCCAUCUCUACUUCACCCAUCUGGACCUAGAGCUGUCAGAGAACUGCGCAUAUGACUCAGUGCAGAUAAUGGCAGGGGACCUUGAAGAAGGGAAAGUCUGUGGACAGAGGACCAGCAAGAAUCCCAACUCCCCAAUCGUGGAAGAGUUCCAAGUCCCAUACAAUAGACUCCAGGUGAUCUUUAAGUCAGACUUCUCCAAUGAAGAGCGUUUCACUGGGUUUGCUGCAUACUAUGUUGCCGUAGAUAUAAAUGAGUGCUCAGACUUUGCAGAUGCCCCUUGUAGCCACUUCUGCAACAACUUCAUUGGUGGUUACUUCUGCUCCUGCCCCUCAGAAUACUUCCUCCAUGAUGAUAUGAAAAAUUGUGGAGUCAAUUGCAGUGGGGAUGUAUUCACUGAACUGAUGGGGGAGAUCACAAGCCCCAAUUAUCCUGAUUCAUACCCAGAGAACUCAAGGUGUGAAUAUCAGAUCCUGUUGGAGCAGGGUUUCCAAGUGGUGGUGACUGUGCGGAGAGAAGAUUUUGAUGUGGAACCAGCUGAUUCAGAGGGCAACUGCCCUGACAGUUUAGUUUUUGUUACAAGAGACCAGCAAUUUGGUCCUUACUGUGGAAAUGGAUUCCCUGGGCCACUAACUAUUGAAACCAAGAGUAAUGCUCUUAAUAUCAUCUUCCAAACUGACCAAACAGGGCAAAAGAAGGGCUGGAAACUUCGCUAUCAUGGAGAUCCAAUCCCCUGUCCUCAAGAAGUCUCUGCUAAUUCUGUUUGGGAGCCUCAGAAGGAAAAAUAUGUGUUCAGAGAUGUGGUGAAGAUAGUCUGUCUGGAGGGGUUUGAAGUUGUACAGGGAAGUGGUAGCUCGACAUAUUUCUACUCUACUUGUCAAAGCAAUGGGAAGUGGAGUAAUUCCAAACUGGAUUGUCAACCUGUGGACUGUGGCUCUCCUGAACCCAUUCAGCAUGGUAAAAUUGAAGAACCAGAAGAUACUUUAUUUGGUUCUAUGGCUCGCUACACUUGUGAGGAACCAUAUUACUACCUGCAAAGUGAAGAAAGUGGGGAGUAUCGCUGCGCUGGAAAUGGGAGCUGGGUGAAUGAGUUGCUGGGCACAGAGCUGCCAACGUGUAUUCCAGCCUGUGGCAUUCCCAGUGAGCCCUUCAUAGAAAAACAGAGGAUAUUUGGAGGAUCUCUUGCAGAGAUUCAAAGUUUCCCCUGGCAAGUCUACUUUUCAAGCCCACGGGCUGGUGGGGCUCUCAUUGAUGAGUACUGGGUGCUGACAGCUGCCCACGUCGUGGAGAAAAACCUGAACCCAGUAAUGUAUGUUGGAUCUUCCUUAGUGACUCAAAAUCAUCUGAAAAAUGGCCAGAUGCUCACUGCUGAGCGUGUGAUUAUUCAUCCGGGUUGGAAUUUCCUGGAGAACCCAGAGACACGGACAAACUUUGACAAUGACAUUGCGCUGAUACAGCUUAAAGACCCAGUGAAAAUGGGACCCACUGUCUCCCUUAUCUGCCUACCAGGCAGCUCUUCAGAAUACGACCCCUCAGUGGGAGACCUGGGAUUGAUCUCAGGCUGGGGCAGAACAAACCAAAGAGAUAAUGUUGUAAAACUUAGAGGGGCAAAGUUACCCAUUGCUUCUUUAUCAAAGUGCCAGGAGGUGAAGGUAAAAAAUCCACAAUUGAAUAUAAAUGCUUAUGUUUUUACUGAUAACAUGAUCUGUGCUGGAGGAGAGAGAGGUGUUGAUAGCUGUGAUGGGGACAGUGGUGGGGCCCUUGCUAUACAACACCCCAAUCAAGAGAAACCCAAAUUCUAUGUAGCUGGCUUGGUGUCCUGGGGUCCCGAAUGUGGGACCUAUGGGAUCUACACACGAGUGAAAAACUACAUUGACUGGAUAAUGAAGACUAUGCAGGAAAAUAGUGCCCCUAGUAUGAACUAAUCCACACGUAUUCCACCAGCCCCUCCAAGGGCUUGGACCAAUCUGUUGCUUUCUGUUCCUCACAAUAUUCCCAUUAUUUCACCAUGACUGAGAGAAGACCUAGAACUAUGAUUUAAAUAGAACUUGGGUAUAGGCAUACACGGCUGGAGGUAGUGUUUAAUCAUGACAUUGUGUUGGUCAUUUAGUGUGGUCUAAAUCUGUGGAUAACAACAUGGGAAGGGGACUGCUCUCUUGCACUAUUCCACAGGGAGUCCCCUUUCCUGAUGAUUGUCUGGUGUUCCAUUUCUGACUCUGAAAUUUAUUACUGGGCAUAUCCUUGAUGUUUUGCUUCCCCUUUAUCUGUUCAAAGUUCCACUUCCUUUAUCAUUCUCAAUGUCUACUAUCUAGUUGUAAUAAAGCAGGUUUAUAACCCAGUCCUGGCUGACUUACCUUAUUCCACAUCAAGACCUCAGCACACAGAAGGAGAGUGUGAUGAGAG